GGUUUUGCGUCAUGACGUCCGUUUUGUUGCGGCGUCGUGGCGUACUCAGGGGCGUCUGAUCAGCAGUUGCAGCAGCUAGGAGGUACGAACUGAAGUUCCGAGCAGGCAGGCGGACGGGUCUGCUGUGUCUGUGGAUGGAAGUGUGGAGCUCUGUGAUGGGACCAGAGAGAGUCUUACCGAGCUCUGAGGAGGAGCUUGGCGAGGACCAGCGUCCAGCUGAUGGAGCGCUGCUGCCAGUGGGGGCAGUGUGGAGCGGGGGUGAGGGAGGUGCUGAAGAGGAGGAGGAGCAGGGGGGAGAUAUGGAGCUAGAUGUAGAGGAGGAAGAGGAGGAGGUGAGCAGUGGAGGAUAUUAUUACCAACCUCUGAACCAGGAUCCUGAUGGGGUGAACGGCACCGAGCAGCCCGAGGACGAGGAGGAGGAGCAGUCCCAUGUGGAGCAGCUGCAGCAGGUGCAGCAUCAGAUAGAGGUGAGUUCUGCCGUGCAGCAGGUGACUCACUGCAUCACACCUGAACAGAGAUUUGUCCUGGGUCAUGCGACCACACAUUGGGGGACUUGUUUGGCUCCACUUGUGCACGGGACAGAGACCGCUGUAUCUUGCCUUGGACAGUCCAGUGAACUGAAGCCGGUAUAUUGCUCUUUUCAAAGCUACCGGACUCCACUGACAAAAACAGUAAUUGCACCUGGCAGAACACAGGGGUUGCUGGUCUACUGCUGCUCUUCUGACAAUAGUCCUGUUAAGUGCUUUGUGUCAGGAUGCAUCAACCAGUUAUUUAACCGUUUGGUACAUGCGGCUUUCAGCUCUCAUGUUUGUGUUGAUAUUAUUUUGAAAGCUUUCUGCGUUUGUGAGCUGCUUUUUAAUCUUUUACUUGCCUUUUCAGACAGUCUCUACUGUUUUGGUUGUGUCAUUAUAAUGAGUGUAGUGUCACCAUUUCCUGUCCGUUCAGACCACGUAGAGCUGGUGAAGAGGACGAUGGCGACUGUGGCGUUGCCAUCGCUCGGCGUGCCGGCGUGGGCCCAAGAGAUCUCUGAUGAUCAGUGGAAGGACAUGGUCCAACACACACUGCAGAGCCGGCAGAGCGCCAGCGCCCUGCGCCUCAGUCACAGGGGCGACCCCUGAAUGCACCAUGAUCACACUUCAGGGACACUGGCACAGGGUUGGGAAACGGCAAGAAGAGAUGAGUUUAUGAAAACGUACAGAAUAGCUGAGAGUAAUGAAGCAGUGAAUCACAGAAAAUUAGAUUUGAAACGGAGGCAGGCAGCUUCAGACUUUUAAGGGUCAAAGUCCUUUGUUUUAAUUCACGUCCAGUUGUUAUUUCCUCACUCAGCUCUCGCUUUAGUCACCUGGGAGGAAAAUUACUCUGAAUUCCCCCAUUUAAAUUUAAAUAGAUUUAAUUUGAACAAGUUUUAGACUCUUCAUUAAAUAAAUAAAGAAUGUUUGAGAUAACCCUAAGGAUCAAUAAUCCCUGCACAGGCUCAGAAUCAAGCUCAGUUAUUCCACUCCAACUUCUAUGGACUGGGAACGUUUAGUGCCGUUUUUUGUAAUCCCACUUGGAAGGCCCACUAAAAUACUCAGUAACUAUGGAAUUAUUUGACCAGCGUGUUGGCAGAUAGACACACUCAGAGGAAAUAAACCUCCACAUCGAUUAUCUAAUCAGUUAUGUCAGUUAAUUAGAGCUGUGUAACUGAUGAUUUGGUUUCUGUUAAACUUCUGAUUGUGUCCACAGUAACUUAAUUUGUAAGUCAGAUGAUAAUGAAGAAUGACAUCUCAGUGUGUCAUAGUCCAGGUCUUCACGCCCUCGUCAGUUUCAGCUUCAGCUUCUUGCAGGUGAUUAAACGUUUCGUGCUACUUCUUAUGACACUCAAAUAAAUAGUACAAUAAAAUAAAUGUUAAACUUGUUUGCCUUACAACAGUUAGUUGCACAAAUAUAAAAAACUGAAUCAGCUUUAAAAAACAAGUUGUGCUAAAGCCACAGCUGACCUCAGUUAAAUGUGCGGUGACAGCGUCUAAACAAAAGGGAAGCGACUGGACCGAGUCUGAACCUGCCACCUUUUGGCUCAGUUGUCGAUGCUUCGGAGUUAAAGCUGCUCUGACUUUGCCUGAAUUGUCUUUGUAAAGAAUUGCAUCUUCAUGUGUCACAACACACUGAAGCAGUUUUAGGAUUUAAUAAACUGCUGCCAAAUCUAAACAUUGUAAUCUGGGCCAAACAGCUUGAACCGAGCUGGUCCAAAGUUUCCUGAUCAGAGAAAAUGAAACGAGUAUCCCAAGAUAAUUAACUGAUCUAGAGAUGACUGUGAAAAGUAAUGACUAACCAGGGCUGCGACAUUACACCAUCAGUCAGAAGCUGUCAAACAUUCUUUGGUCUCUUUGCAUCACGUUGCAAGAAGUUCCCACUGGUGACAGCAAGCUGAAGCUUAAGCGAUAAGGAAGGUCACUUUCUAUACCAACACUCCCCAUACAGAGACUACUACUACUACUACUAGUACUACUACUACUACUACUACUACUCACGCUUAAUGUCCGUCAGUCCUGGAUCAGCUUGUUCAGCUGCACCGUAGACCUAAAAAAUGAUUACAAACACAUCAGGGGGAAGCAGCACUGCAAUGGGGAACACUUUAAAUAACAAAACCCCGAUCCGACUAUGUUGUCCCAAAGGCAUUAAGGUCAUAAUCUAAAGCUAGUAUGAGUCGGCGUCAAACACGCAUGCGUGAGCUCUCACCUUUGUUUACAUGCCAGCUUGUGUCUAUGGAGACUAUUAAUAUAGAAAAUGAACGGCCUUAUCCUUUAAACAGAAAGUUAUUCUUCCCCAUGUUCCGACCAAUCGGCACACUAACUGACAAGUGUUGGCUGCAGCUCUAAGUACAGACACUGUUGCUCUGUUUCAGCUGAAGUGAAGGAAACCGUUAAACAUCCAGUUUGGAUUUGUUCAGUAUAUUUGGGAUGGAGUUGCAUCCCACCUGAAAGCCUUUUACUGACAUGUUCUUGUUUUUAAUCUUCUGGGUGUGAAACAUCUGUGGCGUGAAACAAACUGAUCGUCAAGACUUCCGCUUUAUUUGUUCUGUACAUACAUGGACAUCUGUACAAAAUCACUUUCAUAUUGUGUAAUGCUCUACCUAAUUAAAGUACAACUUAUGUACAGGA